UCUGGUGAUCCUGCCUCAGCUAGGUCCCACUUGCACGAAUGAAGAGGUACUGACCGUAGAUAGCAAAGAUCAACGGCCGAAAUCUCCUAAUAUGCGCAGGUGGGACCCUGCCCCCGGUGAUUCUGCCUCAGCAAAAUGAGGAGUAGGAGGGGGAGAGAGUGAGAGAGGGGAAGAUUUGCCGCGUUGUCGAUUGUCGACUGGAAAGUGGAAGGGGACGCAGAGGCGGUAGCAGCGCCUUGCUCCUCCUUGCCUCGUGUUUGCAGUCGAGGUCUGUGAGGGGCAAUAGCUAUGGCGUCUGGCUUUAGCGCGGACGGAAUGGAGGUAGACAGCGCGAUCGAUGACGAGGAGGAGGAUGAUUGCGGGUCCUUGUCGAUGAUCAUGGAAAUCCGACUGAAGAGCUCUGAAGACAUUCGUCAUUGCUGGGAAACUGGUCCUAAGCGAAGAAACCGCGAAUGGGGAACUCAUUCUGCGCCGACAAGCAG